AUGAGUGUGGAAGAGGGGUCCACUCCCACAUACAUGAUCAUAUCUGAAAACAUUAAGCACGCACCGAAAGCGAAACCAACACCCACCCCUUCAUCGUCGUCGUCACGUUCAAAACACUCGCGUGGUUCAAAAUCAAAAAUAAAGAAAGUUCAGAAGAAAGUGCAGGAGAGGAAAGCUACGAUUCAUGCGAGGUUGUCAGCGCAACCGAUAGGCGCUACUCCUAAGAAGAAGUUAGAUCUGAUCAAGAAAGGAAUGAAAAAAGCAUCAAGUGCCUAUCCUACUUUUGACGACGUGGUGAGCGACUGGGAAGAUGAAGAGAAGAAGCCAACCUUCAAGCCGAAGGAAAGGGAGCUCAAUAAAAAAGAAAAGAUGAUUGCAAUGGGUGCGAAGCGACAGGAAUCAGCCUACCCGACCAUGGAUGAUAUCGUGAGUGACUGGGAAACGAAUGAAGACGUUGGAAAGAAAAAGGAUGGUGCUGAGAAACAGGGAAAAGGCGAUGCGGAUGACGUAGAUUUUGAGCUACAGCUCUUAGAAGCGGAUGGAAAAGGAAGAAAGACCAAAACGAAGCAAAGAGUUAGUUAG